AUGAAACGCUCACGAGAGGCCGAAGAGGAGCAGCCUUCCUCUGGUCAUCCAGCAGGUGAGCAGAGCGGGUCAGGGACGCCCGAGACAGAUGACCGUGUUUCCAAGUUUACAGAAUUGGAGCCCUCCGCCGAGGCGACACCUGAAGACUUCACGAUGAAAUGCUCUAUGCCGCCUCACAGAGAGGUUCUGGCCUUCAAAUCAUACGACGAGUACGAGGCGCAUUACGUAAAGACGCACACGAACAGAUGUCUGGAAUGCGGGAGGAAUCUGCCGUCGGAGCAUCUGCUCAACGUGCAUCACGAAGAGUGUCACGACUCCUUCGCCGCUGUCAGGCGGGAACGGGGAGAGCACACGUAUUCCUGUUUUGUUGAAGGUUGCGAGAGGAAAUGCAUGACGCCGCAAAAGCGUCGGAUGCAUCUCAUCGACAAGCACAACUUCCCCAAAAACUACUUCUUCGCGGUGACGAAGGAGGGCAUCGAUGGCCGACGGUCAUUGCUCGUCGAAGGAGGACAUCACCGGCGCAAACCGUCCAGCGCCUUCAGCACGACUAAGGAGUCGAAGCGCAUGUCGAGCAUCCUGGAGUCCACGUCGCAAGGCAAAGAAUCACAGGCAUCAGGGGAUGCUAUCACAAAAACAAUGACGGAGCCAACACCCGCCCACCCAGCGACAACGGGGCGUCCAGACACGGAAAUGGACGACCUCGCCGGCGCCAUGUCGGCGUUGCAAUUCGUCCCCAACAGCGUGCGGUUUGGAAGAGGCGGUGGGCGGGCAGGGUUUGCAAAACGAUGA